AUGGCUCCAAAGACCGUUCUGAUCACCGGCUGCUCCUCGGGCAUCGGGCUGGCGCUGGCCGUGCGGCUGGCGAGGGACAAGCAGCGCCGCUUCCGAGUCAUCGCCACCAUGAGGAACACGGGCAGGAGCGGGGCGCUGGCGGCGGCGGCGGGGCCGGCGCUGGGCCGGACGCUGGAGAUCAAACAGCUGGACGUGUGUGAUGAGAGCUCCAUCCGCGCCUGCCUCGACAGCAUCCCCGGGCGCCACGUCGACAUCCUGGUCAGCAAUGCCGGGGUGGGCAUGGCGGGACCCCUGGAGUGCCAGAGCCUGGCAGCCAUGCAGAGCCUCAUGGACACCAACUUCUUCGGCCUCGUCCGCCUGGUCAAGGAGGUGUUGCCUGACAUGAAGCGGCGCCGUGGGGGCCACAUCGUCGUCAUCAGCAGCAUCAUGGGCCUGCAGGGCAUUGUCUUCAAUGACAUCUACUCGGCCUCCAAGUUCGCCGUGGAGGGUUUCUGCGAGAGCCUGGUGGUGCAGGCACUGCGCUUCAACGUGGCGAUCAGCCUGGUGGAGCCGGGGCCGGUGAUGACGGAAUUCGAGACGAAGUUGUACGAGGAAGCCGAACGCGCUGACUACUCACGGACAGACCCCGAGACAGCAGAAAUCUUCACCAAACUCUACCUGAGGAACUCCAGGGAUGUCUUCACCAGCCUGGGCCAGACCCCUGAGGACAUUGCAGAGCACACCCUGCGGGUGAUCGAGGCGGCCCGGCCGCCCUUCCGGCACCAGACCAACGUGGCAUACACGCCCAUGGCUGCCCUCAAACACGCCGACCCCAGCGGUGCCCUCAUCACCGACGCCUUCUACCAGCUGGUGUUCAAGUACGAUGCCGUGCUGCGCUUCGGCCUCCGCGCCAUCCGCCUGCUCCGCUGGAAGGCACAGAAGGUCAAGGCAGGCGCGCGGCUCUUGGGCUUCAAAUAA